UGUUAAUUAUAUCGUGAACUCGAUAAUUAUUUUGUUUUCCCAUAGAAAGGUGUAACUAGUACAUUUAAGUCACUAGAUAUCGUAACCUCUUUGGAGGUUUACAUCUAGAGUGAAAUGGCUACUGAUAAAGUGACAUUGAGUGAUGCUUUGUCCAAUGUUGAUGUGCUUGAUGAAUUUACAUUACCCGAUGAACAACCAUGCAUUGAAGCACAACCAUGUUCCGUAGUAUAUCAGGCUAAUUUUGAUACUAAUUUUGAAGAUAGAAAUGGUUUCGUUACAGGAAUUGCCAAAUAUAUAGAAGAAGCUACAGUUCAUGCAAGCUUGAAUGAGUUAUUAGAAGAAGGCUUGAAACAUGCUGUGAUGUUAUACACAUGGAGAUGUUGUUCUCGUGCGAUUCCUCAACCAAAAUCAAAUGAACAACCAAACAGAGUAGAAAUUUAUGAAAAAACAGUAGAAGUAUUAGCACCAGAAGUAAAUAAAUUACUUAAUUUUAUGUAUUUUCAAAGAAAAGCAAUCGAAAGGUUCUCUGCAGAAGUAAAACGUUUGUGUCAUCAUGAAAAGAGAAAAGACUUUGUUUCUGAAGCUUAUCUACUUACAUUGGGGAAGUUUAUUAAUAUGUUUGCAGUUUUAGAUGAGCUAAAGAACAUGAAAUCUAGUGUGAAGAAUGAUUACUCUACCUAUAGGAGAGCAGCUCAGUUUCUUAAAGUGAUGUCUGACUCACAGACAUUACAGGAGUCCCAAAACUUGUCAAUGUUCUUGGCUACUCAAAACAAGAUUCGUGAUACAGUAAAAGAAAAUUUGGAGAAAAUUGCAGGAUACGAAGAAUUGUUAGCAGAUGUUGUAAAUAUAUGCGUCCAUAUGUUCGAGACUAAAAUGUAUUUGACACCAAAUGAGAAGCACAUGUUGGUAAAAGUCAUGGGCUUCGGACUAUUCUUAAUGGACAGCGAAUUGUGCAAUAUCAAUAAACUAGAUCAAAAAAAGAAACUAAAAUUAGAUAGAAUUGAUAGAAUUUUUAAAAAUUUGGAAGUGGUACCAUUGUUCGGCGACAUGCAAAUUGCGCCUUUUAAUUAUAUCAAACGUUCUAAACACUUUGACGCAUCAAGAUGGCCAUUAUCUUCAUCGUCAAAUAGUAUAAGUCCACAAGCAGAUCUUAUGGUUCAUCUUCCACAGAUUAGAGAAGAUCAUGUGAAAUACAUUAGUGAAUUAGCAAGAUAUAGCAAUGAAGUAACUACAACCUAUAAAGAGUGUGGUAGUGAUACAGAAAAUAGAGAAACUGCUGAAUUAGCUUUACGCGGAUUACAGUUACUUUCUCAAUGGACAAGCGUAGUAACCGAGCUUUAUAGUUGGAAGCUUCUUCAUCCUACUGAUCAUCAUAUGAAUAAGGAGUGCCCACAGGAAGCAGAAGAAUAUGAAAGAGCUACACGUUAUAAUUACACAGACGAAGAAAAAUUCGCUUUAAUAGAAGUGAUUGCAAUGAUUAAAGGAUUGCAAGUAUUAAUGGCGCGUAUAGAAACAGUUUUCAUUGAUGCAAUACGUCGAAAUAUAUAUGCGGAAUUACAAGAUUUUGUGCAACUUAUUUUACGAGAACCAUUGCGCAAGGCGAUUAAAAAUAAAAAAGAUCUUAUUAGAAGUAUAAUUGUAUCUGUAAGAGAAACUUGCGCAGAUUGGCAUUUUGGAGUAGAGCCUUUAGGAGACCCUGCUUUAAAAGGAAAGAAAGAUCCUGACAAUGGAUUUGGUAUUAAGGUACCACGAAGAAAUGUUGGACCUUCUUCAACUCAGCUUUACAUGGUCCGCACUAUGUUAGAAUCACUAAUUGCUGAUAAGAGUGGUGGAAAACGUACUCUGAGAAAAGAUAUUGAUGGCCAGUACCUCGUGCAAAUUGAUCAGUUCCAUAAAACUAGUUUUUAUUGGAGUUAUCUUUUAAACUUUAGCGAAUCGUUGCAAGACUGUUGCGAUUUGUCCCAAUUAUGGUACAGAGAGUUUUAUCUAGAAAUGACCAUGGGCCGUAAAAUACAGAAAUGCCAAGUACGUCACCAGCAUAAUGAAGAGUGCAGCGACUUGAUCACCAUGGAGAAACGUAUCCAGUUUCCUAUCGAGAUGUCUAUGCCAUGGAUACUGACUGAUCACAUACUACGAAGCAAAGAACCAUCCAUGAUGGAGUAUGUUUUAUAUCCACUGGACUUGUACAAUGAUAGUGCAUUGUACGCACUGACAAUAUUCCGUAAACAAUUUCUUUAUGAUGAAGUGGAAGCUGAAGUAAAUUUAUGCUUCGAUCAGUUCGUUUACAAACUCAGUGAACAAAUUUUUGCACACUACAAGCAAUUGGCUGCAAGUAUAUUGUUAGAUAAAAGAUUUCGAGUAGAGUGUGUUGCUCUUGGAGCAUACUUACUUCCAUAUCCUCGUGCCAAUAGAUACGAAACAUUAUUGAAACAAAGGCAUGUUCAAUUAUUGGGAAGAAGUAUCGACUUGAAUAAGUUGAUUACACAGCGUAUUAACGCCGACAUGCAGAAGUCGUUGGAUUUAGCAAUUAGUAAAUUCGAAUCCGGUGAUAUUACAGGAGUUGUGGAAUUAGAAGGACUUCUACAAGUGAAUCGUCUUACUCAUAAACUUUUGAGCAAAUGGCUUGCAUUGGACGAAUACGAUGCAAUGUUUAGAGAAGCAAAUCAUAACGUUCUAGCUCCGUAUGGUCGAAUCACACUUCAUGUGUUUUGGGAAUUAAAUUAUGACUUUUUACCAAAUUAUUGUUACAAUGCAGCAACAAACAGGUUUGUAAAAUGUCGAGGUCUUCAAUUCGUACAGCCCGUACAUAGAGAUAAACCUCCGCAAAUGUCUCAUCAUUAUCUUUGGGGAAGUAAACAGUUGAAUCUAGCAUAUAGCACACAAUACGGCCAGUAUUCUGGAUUUGUUGGUCCGCAACAUUUCCGAACAAUGUGUAAACUUCUUGGUUAUCAAGGGAUUGCAGUGGUAAUGGAAGAACUUUUGAAGAUCGUGAAGUCUUUAAUUCAAGGAAGCUUACAUCAAUUCACGAAGACCCUAAUGGAAGCUAUGCCGAAAGUUUGUAAACUUCCUAGAUACGACUAUGGAUCUCCAGGUGUUCUAGGUUACUACCAUGCUCAAUUAAACGAUAUUGUACAAUAUCCUGAUGCAAAAACUGAGCUUUUCCAUAACUUUCGAGAAUUUGGUAACACAAUUUUGUUUUGUCUCUUAAUGGAACAAGCUUUAUCGCAGGAGGAAGUUUGUGACUUGUUACACGCAGCACCAUUUCAAAAUAUAUUGCCUAGACCGUAUUGUAAAGAAGGUGAAAAACCGGAGACCAAGCAGAAACGACUUGAAGCUAAAUAUGCAGCCUUACAAAUUGUUCCGAACGUAGAUAAGCUGGGUACAGCUAAGCAAGCAAUGAUAGCCAGGGAAGGUGACUUGCUAACACGAGAACGGCUUUGUUGUGGUUUGUCGAUAUUUGAAGUGGUACUUAGCAGAUUACGUAGUUUCUUGGACGAUCCUAUUUGGGUUGGUCCUCCCCCAGCAAACGGAGUAAUGAACGUUGACGAGUGCACAGAGUUCCAUAGACUAUGGAGUGCGUUACAAUUUGUAUAUUGUAUUCCCGUCGGCGAAACUGAAUUUACGGUCGAGGAAUUAUUUGGUGAAGGUUUACAUUGGGCUGGAUGCGCCAUGAUAGUAUUACUUGGUCAACAAAGACGAUUCGAGGCUCUUGAUUUCUGUUAUCACAUUUUGAGAGUGCAACGGGUAGAUGGAAAAGACGAAAAUGUUAAAGGGAUUCAUUUGAAAAGAAUGGUGGAUAGAAUUAGAAGAUUCCAAGUAUUAAAUUCGCAAAUUUUCGCUGUAUUAAAUAAGUACUUGAAAAGCGGAGAUAGCGAUGCGACAAGUGUCGAACACGUUCGAUGUUUUCCACCUCCGAUUCAUCCCUCGCUCGCUCAUGCACAGCAGCAACACUAUCACACGCCGGAAUAUUUACGUCAAAUGAAUCAUCAGUAAAGUAAAAAAUUACAGGCAUGCAUAUUUGUAAUACAACGUAAUUAAGGCUGAGUACCACUUUUUAAACAGCUCGUAUUCACGAGUAAUAACGUAACGGUCGUAAUGUAAGAACGUUUUUAAGUAUUUAUUUAAGAUUUUU